AUGAGCAGGUUUGUCGUGUUUGAGUUGGUGAAUCGUGAAGCAUUCAACUCAUCUUUGGGUAUCAACGUGACUGGAAUACAAGAAAACUAUUUACGCUUAAGCAUACAUGAAGGAGCAUCUGUGUCCAUUUCACUUGUGCCAGCCAGACAGGAUGUUCAGAAAGUUGAUUGUGCAGGCACUGACAAUUUAGAAACUGCAAUUAUACCUCUGGAAACAUUUGAUGGCUCGAAGUUAGAAGAAGGAAAACAUGAUAUAAUAAAGAAGUCGGGGUUCCCUAAUCAAAUUAGUUAUGAAAUUUAUUUGCAACAAAUAUUUCAUGAAUAUGUGUUUAAAAGGGCAAAGGAGAGAUCAAUUUCUUCUGGUAUAACCCAGAUACAUGGUCAGCCAGUGAAGGAUGGGCUAAAUCCUUUGGGUCACUUUUGCAUGUCUCUUGCUCACAGUAUCUUUGCACGCAAAGUUCUUUCUGAGCUGGAAAGUAUGGUUUCCAGGGUACCAUAUGUCCAGUUGAUAUCUCAUCCCACUUGGCAUUCGCGGACAUCUUCAUGGACACUCUCCAUGAAGCUUCCUGAGUCCAUUCUUCAUGCAGGACGCCGAACUCAGACAUCUGACCCACACCAUGUGCAAAAUGUAAAGUCUCAUUUCCGAACUAAGGUUAUGGUAAAUGAUGAUUCCAUCAAUGUAGAAGGGGAAGGUGCUCCCAAUGUAAUUGGCCUGUUCAAAGGCAAGGCUGAGAAUGUAUGUUCCAUGAACAGAUAUGACUGUGAUUUGGCAGAUCUUCCUGUGAUACUUCUCCAGCAGGUUGCAAGCCAAGUUAUUCGAUGGCUUCAUGAGCAAGCUCUUAUGGUGGGAAUAAAAGCCAACCGGGACUUUUUAUGCUUGUCCUUUGAGUUGGAGCAAGGAGAAAUGCUUGGCCUGGUGGCACAUGUGAACCCGGAAGAUACCCAAGGGUGCAUCUCCUGGUGGUUGGUGGUGGAGGAUGGAUUUACAGAGGAACAAAAACUGACAGACAUUUCUGAUGGCGGUUCCGAAACUCGGAAAUUCUUGGGUUAUUUAUCUUUGGAUGUGUUGUAUUCUACGCUACUUGACUUGAUUAACCUGUGCAGUGCUGGUGGGAUCCAUUGA